AUGUAUAAAUGGCUCGUGUUUAUCGUUAUUUUAAAAACUGUAUCUGCAGAAGAAGAUCGAGUAUGUGAAAUAAAAUGUCCAGUUGAAGACAAAGAGAUGGUUUGUGCAUUUGAUAUAAUAAAGAGAGCCUACAAAAUUUUUCCUAGCAAAUGUGCUAUGGAUGAAUUUGCUAAAUGUUUUAAUAAUGAUUUGGUCAAAACUCCGCUUAAAUUUUGCUUAAAAGAGUACACUUCGACUCGAAGAAUUUACGGAGAGUCAUGUCCGGUAUUUUGCCCAAGUCAUUACAAACCAGUAUGCGGCGCGUCGAAGUACAGAGAUUAUAUAUAUAGGACGUUCAACAAUGGCUGUUACCUAGAUAUGAUUAAUUGCAGAGGUGAUGAUGAUACCACAGGGUACGUCGAGGUCCCACUACAGUUUUGUCAAAGGCAUCUUAUGAAGAAUAUAUUUAAAGAGAAGCUCGUAAUGUCGGAUACUAACGAUUUUCAAGAUUAUAAG